AUGGAAGACGCAAGUCAACAGAGCCUCGAUGGAUUCGCCUCCGUCCCAUCUUCGGGUGACAGGGCGGCUGAUCUGCAUAACGCGGUAGAACAGCCACUUUCGCCGAAAGAUGAAAAGAUUGUUUCUGCAAACCCUUCUCCUGACACGGCCAUAUCUAGGGUACCAGAAAACACUAAAGAUCAGCCUGCAACCUCAGUAACUAGUGGAGCUCUUAGCGCUAUGUAUCAUUACAAUGCUUAUACUCCGCAGGACCAGGGCAUUUAUUACGGAGGUUAUGACAAUGGCACUGGUAACUGGGAUGAGCAUUCUAACUAUGUUAAUGCAAUGUACAAUGAUAAUCCGCCACUCUUCUAUCCUCCUGGCUAUGGCUUCGAUUCCCAGAUGGCAUAUGGGCAGGUUUCUCCUCUUUCUAACCCUCUGUCUCCAAUACUGUUUGAUGGACAGCUGUACUCUCCACACCAAAUGCCUGUGUCGUCACCUUACUAUCCACCCCCAGUUUCUCCUGGUCUGCCCCAUGUUACUUCAGCAUUUCCUGUUUCUCAGUCAGAACUGAUGCCAUCAGAAAUUAGCGGCCAAGAAAAUCCUAUGGACAAUGCACUUUUUGGGCCAGGAUCUGGUUUCUAUGUGCCUUUUGGAGCUUUUGGUGGAGGAGAUAUUUCUGGAAGUAGUGGAGUUGGUCUCUACAAAUUUCCGGGCGACUUUGGAUCUAGCGAAUCUCUGCCAAAUCAUUCAAGCUCCUUAGACACAGGCAAGUUCAUGUCUCCAUUGGCAGCUGGGACUGUAUAUCCCCAAUCAAUUGGCAUACUUGGUUCAUACGAGCAAAAUGUUGCACAGACAUCAUUUCAAGGUUAUGGAUUGACGUCAAACUCCUCAGCUAGACGUUAUCCGCAUGCUGCCUCUUACCAGCGCGGGUUGGCUCCUAAUCGGAACCAGUUCUCUACUGGAAAGGGUGGAAGACGUGAAAAGGAUCGAGACUUUAUCAGUGUUUCAUCCGACGCAUUUGGUAUUUCAAGUGAUCGAAAUCGAGGGCCAAGGUUUUCAAAGGCAACGAGCAAAAGUUUAACUGGAGAGGGCACAUCCUCAGGUGUUUAUAAAGAUGUUGAAUCUACUUCUGGCUUUGAUAUUAGUCAGUUCAAUGCCCCAGAUUUCAAUACAGACUAUGAAAAUGCAAGGUUUUUUGUCAUCAAGUCCUUCAGUGAAGACAAUAUUCACAGAAGUAUUAAAUACAAUGUUUGGGCCAGCACAUCACUUGGAAACAGAAAACUUGAUGCUGCCUAUCGUGAAGCAAAGGAAAUCAAUGGAAUUUGUCCAGUCUUCCUCUUUUUCUCAGUUAAUGCUAGCGGACAGUUUUGUGGGGUAGCUGAGAUGGUUGGACCUGUUGAUUUUGACAAUGAUGCCAAGUACUGGCAGCAAGAUAGAUGGAAUGGGCAGUUUCCUGUUAAAUGGCAUAUCAUUAAAGAUGUACCCCACGGUAUCUUCCGCCACAUAAUUCUUGAAAAUAACGACAACAAGCCUGUUAAUCACAGCCGAGAUUCCCAAGAGGUCAAACAGCUAGCCACUUCAUCUGGAAAUACAGCUGCUCCUCUCACUGCUGCUGAUUCAAUAAAUCAAUUGUCGGAUAACCUGGUUGACACUCUCCGUUUGGGCAGCGGUAAAACGCUGCCCAAAACAGAUUUGGAGUAG